AAUACCAACAAUACAAGCCUGAGUAAGUGAAAAACAGAAAGAAACAAAAUGUCGGAGCAGCAGCGGAGAAUUGAGAUUCCUAGAGUGAAACUAGGAACUCAAGGACUUGAGGUGUCGAAGUUGGGGUUCGGCUGUUUUGGUCUUACUGGAGGAUACAACGACCCUGUCCCCGACGAUGUCGGGAUAUCAAUCAUCAAACACGCAUUUCACAGAGGAAUCACUUUCUUUGAUACUUCGGAUAUCUAUGGUCCACAUACCAAUGAAAUAUUGGUCGGAAAGGCGUUGAAGGAGCUACCUCGAGAGAAGGUCCAAUUAGCCACAAAAUUUGGUUUUGUAGAAAUGGACGCAACUGGUGUCAUAGUUCUAAAUGGAACCCCUGAAUAUGUCCGCAGCUGUGUCGAGGGCAGCCUCAAGCGCCUCGAUGUCCAAUACAUUGAUCUCUAUUAUCAACACAGAGUCGACACCGCCACUCCCAUAGAGCAUACUAUGGGUGAACUGAAGAAGUUGGUGGAGGAGGGGAAAAUAAAGUACGUGGGUUUAUCGGAAGCCAGUGCCGACACUGUAAAGAGGGCGCACGCCGUGCAUCCCAUAACUGCCGUACAGAUGGAGUGGUCGCUUUGGGCUCGUGAAAUCGAGGAAGAAAUAAUCCCCCUCUGCAGGGAACUUGGAAUAGGGAUUGUUCCAUACAGUCCACUUGGUCGGGGUUUCUUCGGCGGCAAAGCAAUCUUGGAAGAUGUGCCUGAAAGUAGUAUUCUGCCAAUAUUCCCAAGGUUUCAAGGUGAGAAUUUAGAAAAGAACAAGAUGCUAUAUUUUCAAUUCGAGAAAUUGGCCGAGAAGCAUGGAUGUAAACCUCCACAACUUGCCCUUGCCUGGGUUCUUCAUCAAGGAGAUGAUGUCGCACCCAUUCCGGGGACCACUAAGAUAAAAAAUCUUGAUAUCAACAUUGAAUCACUUAAGAUAAAGCUGACCAAAGAAGAAAUAAAAGAAAUAUGUGAUGUGAUUCCUACAACAGAGGUGGCUGGCACUCUUUCGCCUAAUUUUUUAGAUCAGGUCUCGUGGAAAUUUGCUAACACACCACCACCAAAACAUCUCUAAGUUUGCGUUUGGUUUAUAAAAUGUAAUAUUAUUAGUGGAAAUAAAAUAUUAUC